AUGCCACCCAAGAUGGCAAAGGCAAACAAAACCGCAACAGAUGGCGCAGAAAAGACCAAAGGUCGCAAGAAAUCCGCGGACAACGGCGAUGGCUCUCCCGGCGCAGUCCGAAAAUCCAAGGCCGGGAAAAAACUCGCAAAAGCCUCGGAUGUCCAACCGGGCGAUCCAACCCCCACCGGCCGCCGUCACCGCUACAAGCCCGGUACCGUGGCACUCCGAGAGAUCCGCAAAUACCAACGCUCUUACGACCUCCUCAUAGCCAAGUUGCCAUUUGCGCGACUAGUGCGAGAAGUGGCUCUUGAUCUCCUACCUGCCGACGUGGGCGCUGAGCUACGUUGGCAGUCACACGCGAUUCUGGCUUUGCAGGAAGCCGCCGAGGCCUUCUUGGUUCAUUUGUUCGAGGAUACGAAUCUAUGUGCCAUUCACGCUAAGCGCGUUACGAUUAUGCAAAAGGACAUCCAGCUCGCGCGGAGAAUUCGUGGAGUCUGGGCUGGUCUCGGUUGA